GGGUAUGUGACUGGUUCUGUCUUAUACCAACAUAACCGAAAAUAUGAAUUUUACCAAGUCAACUCACCGCAGGACAUAAAAAUGCCAACUCACGCUUAUAAGAAUCGUAAGCUUCGUGGUCACGUUUCCGCCGGUCACGGUCGUAUCGGCAAGCACAGGAAGCAUCCUGGUGGUCGUGGUCUUGCUGGUGGUCAACACCAUCUCCGUACUCACUUGGACAAGUACCACCCUGGUUACUUUGGUAAGGUUGGUAUGCGCCAUUAUCACCUCCUUAAGAACCCCUUGUGGCGUCCUACUGUCAACUUGGACCGUCUCUGGACUUUGGUCCCUAACGAGACCCGUGAAAAGUACUUGGGUAAGAACACUGAGGUUGCCCCUGUGAUUAAUGUCCUCCAAUCUGGCUAUGCCAAGGUUUUGGGUAAGGGUCGUCUUCCUGAGUCUCCUGUCGUUGUCCAAGCUCGUUAUGUUUCUCGCAGAGCUGAGGACAAGAUUAAGCAAGCUGGCGGUGUUGUUGAACUUGUUGCCUAAACAAAAAGUAAUAUAUAAAAACACCUGAGUCGCUAAUAUUUGGUGUGUGUCGCCGAUUGUAGAGGUAUAUAUUUGAUGCAUCUGUAAUUGUUUGUAGUG